AAUGUUCAGGGAGGGAGGGCUGUGCUCUUAUAAACUCUGGCCCCUACCCAGCAGCAUAUCAAAGGCAGCUUUGCCAGGACUGUGCUCAGCGGCUCUAAGCUUCUGCUUUGGGACAGACACAAAGGCUUGUAGCCGCCAGCGUCUUGAGCCUCUCAUAACCCGUGGGAUUCGGACCUGGUCCUGGCUACUGCGCUCUGCCCCGCACUUCCUGCGGAGUGCCGGGACAGCAUGAUGCAGGUCCUGCUCUUCAGCGUGUUGGGUCCCGCUGCCCUGGGACUCCCAGCGCUCCCAGAACCACAGCCGUACGGCAGCCAGUGCGUCCAACAAGACUGCUACACGCUCUUCCGGGGCCCUGCAACCUUCUUCGAAGCCAACCAGGCCUGCGAGCAUCUGCGGGGCCAUCUAAUGACCGUGCGCUCCUCAGUGGCAGCUGAUGUCAUCUCCCUGCUACUGAGCGGCAACAGUGGCGACACCUCUCGCCUCUGGAUUGGCCUGAAGCUUCCGUCCGGCUGCAGUGACCUGGGGGAACUAGGUCCCUUGCAUGGCUUCCAGUGGGUUACAGGCGACAACCAGACCAGCUACAGCAGGUGGGCGAGGCUUCCUCCUGCGCCUCUCUGUGGUCCCUUGUGCGUCUGGGUCUCCGUGGCCGGGUCUCCGGAGCCCGGCGAGCAGGUCUGGGAGGAGGAACAAUGCGUAGUAGAGGCCGAUGGCUUCCUUUGCGAGUUCCACUUCUCAGCAUCCUGCAGGCCUCUAACUGUGGAGCAUGGUGCCACAGCGGCCGCCAGCGUCUCUAUCACCUACACCACCCCGUUCGGUGCCCGAGGCGUAGACUUUCAGGCGCUGCCAGUUGGUAGCUCCGCUGCGGUAUCACCCUUCGGAGUGGAGCUGGUGUGUGAGCAGAGGCCAGGAGAGGUUGAGGCCCGCUGGGGCCGAGAGGUGCAGGGUCCCUGGCACUGCAGCGUGGAGAAUGGCGGCUGCCAGCAUCUGUGCAACUGGAGCGCCGGGGUGUCGCACUGCCUCUGCCCAGCGGACAUGGCCACUCAGGAAGACCAGCGCUCUUGUGCAGCGCCUGGGGAACACUCCUGCAACAAGCUCUGUGAACACUUCUGCGUCCAAAACCUGGAAAUACCCCGCGCCUACUCUUGCAUGUGCGAAACUGGCUACAAGCUGGCUGCAGAUCAGCACCGGUGUGAGGACGUAGAUGACUGUACGCAAACGCCCAGUCCAUGCCAGCAGGUCUGUGUCAACAAGCAGGGCGGCUUCGAGUGCCAUUGUCGUGAUGGCUAUGACAUGGUGGACGGUGAGUGUGUGGAGUCAGUGGACCCGUGCAUCGGGACUAACUGCGAAUACCAGUGCCAGCCCUUGGGCAAAACUGAUUACCGCUGUGUCUGUGCAGAAGGUUUCGCACCCAACCCCCAAGCACCACACAGGUGCCAGAUGUUCUGCAACCAGUCUUCAUGCUUAGCCGACUGCGAUCCCAACAAGCCGGAAAGCUGCCAGUGCCCAGAGGGCUACAUUUUGGACGAAGGGUUCACAUGCACGGACAUCGAUGAGUGUGACAAUGGCAACUGUUUAGGUGCAGUUUCAUGCAGAAACCUCCCUGGCUCCUACGAGUGCAUCUGCGGGCCUGACUCUGCCCAGACUGGCACCGACUGUGACCUCACCAAGGUGAGCAGCGGUGGUGACGAGGAUGGCUCUGGGGAGCUCCCCAUCAGCACAACUCCUGGCACCACCUCAAGUCCGUGGCCUACAGGGUCUGGACAUUCAGGUGUGCUCAUUGGCAUCUCCACCUUGAGCUUGUUUUUGGUGGUGGCGCUUUUGGCACUCCUCUGCCACCUGCGUAAGAAACAAGGCACCAUGCAGGCCGAGCUGGAGUACAAGUGUGGGGUUCCUGACAAGGAGGUGGUGUUGCAGCACGUGAGCACAGAGAAGGCGCCCCCAAAACUCUGAGAGGGCCACACUUCCUGCCCCCAAGGUGUUGGCUUGGCCUUUUUUCCCCUCCUGCCCCUCAUUCCCCUGCCUCAUCCCCCAGCCUUACUCCUUGGCUACCCCAAAGCAUCUUAACUGGCAUCAAAACUAGAGGAGACUGACUCCCUACCCCUUCUUUUGAUUAUUCUAGGAAUAGCUUGUUAGGGAGUUACUUUUAAUAUAUCACCAGACUUGUGGGCAGAGAUGGUAAUUUUACAAUGAAGAUGCAGAUUGCAUAAUGUCCCAUACCCUCAGUGGGGCAAGAAGCGUGAGCACUAUUGGUCAGUGGCUUUUGGGCAGACUGUGACACAAUGGAAUAGUAAGUGUAAUUGUGUGAUGGAUGAUGACUAAGAUAUUUAUUUAUUUAAGACUUUUUUCUUUUUCUUUUUUUUUCUAUCUUCAUGCCCACUUUGAGUCCCUUCCUCUGUUUUCUCUCUCAUCUUUCCUAUCUCUAUAUUUAUAUACUUCCACUUGUCAUGUGGUAACUAUUUUGGUGAAUUUUUUCAGUCUUUUGUAUUUAUAAAGUCAAACCUCAUUUUCUCCUCUCAUUCCUACCAGUUUUCCCUUCCCAGGAACUGGACCCGCCCAUCUCAGUCACUCUAUCUGUGUCUGACACUACUACUCCUACCUGUCCGCCUAGGCAGAACUCAUGUGUGACAUAGAGGGAAAAACAACAACACUAAAAACAAGAAUGUUGGGCAUUUGUUCUUUCACUUGGUUUGCUAAUUUAUCCUGAAGUUUCAUGCUUCCACUGUGAUAUCACUUAGCAAAGGUUAAAAUGUGAGAGACAUUUGUUAAAUUAAUUUUGCUGAACCAUCAUAGAAAUUAAACCCAAGGAGUUUUUAUUUUUAUUUUUUAAGCAAUGAGCCUGGGUUUUAUUACUGUUGUUUUGAUUUGGACUGAAAGGUAGUAAUUGUUGUUAAGAUUCAUAUGCAGUUUUCUUUAUUAUUACUAAUAUUUGUAUUUUUAGUUACUUUUUAGCAGUGUUGAAAUGCUUACCUAAUUGCUCUAGAUUGAAAAAACAGAAAGCACCUCCUAGGAGAUAGUUUAAAAAAAUUUUAAGCUGCUUGAUUUAUGCCAAUUAUCAUUUUGACUCUCCCUGUUUUUGUAGUAUGUAAGCCAAAGUAAACCCAGCUUUACUGUUUUGGGGCAUUUAGGUAUUUGGGAAUUGAGCCUGGAAGAUACCCAAUUUAGGGCCUCACCUUGACCAGGCCUUUGAGAAUUUCUCACACUUUAGAGGGGUCUUCUAACCCUAUUCACUCUAACUCUAUUCACCAAAUUCACUUGGAAUUUGCUCCUCAACAAGAAAUGAGGACUAUCUCCUUCCUCCCCCAGAAACUGAUUAGAAAUGCAGAACCUUGAGCUCCAUCCCACCUACUCUAUGAAAAUCUGUAUUUUAACAAGAUCUACUGGGGAGUUAUCUGCCCAGAAUAGUCUGAGAACUGUUCUAGACAGCUUCCAACUUCUGGAAUAUACUAAAUAUGUAUCAGUAAUAAGUAGCAGGCCAAAUUAGUCCUUUGAUUAUCAAGAAACUGAGGAAUUUUUAUUUCAUAGCUUUGUUUCCCAGUAGAAAAAAAACUUGGUUCAUCCCUUUAGACAUUGCUAAACAGUGUUUUUGGUUCAACUAAACCAGGAAUGAAAUCAUGAAUGAAAAAAAGUGUAUUUUUUGUGACACAAAGAUUUUCCUCUGCUAUUUUAUAAACUCAGCACAUUUGUAUAUAGUUAUUUAUUUAUUAAAGAUAAACUAGAAUGCAGGCAAAACCCUUGCUUAUGACAUCACAUGUUAAAAAAAUAAAUAAAUAACAGUUUGCUCUUGG